GAACUGUGGACUUGAAUUCGAGUUACUGCAUAACUAUUGGUUCAGACUUUCAACGCCACAGGUCGACCCCGGGAGUUCACAGUCAGCUGCUUCUAGUGGGGGAAAUGGUGGUGGUGGUGUGCGCAAUCUUCUAGCCACCUGUAAACAUUCAACAUUACGACCUCCAAGUAACCCAACCUCGUCGUCGUGUCGAUCACCUCUCUCUCAAUAGUUGUCUACCACCGCUCUGCAGCUUCGAACUCUACACUUCUCUACCCAACAUCGAACUAACCUUGCGAAACACCUACGUCCGACGUUUGCCGUGCUCGAAGACUGCCCGUGAGGCCCGCGACAUCCAUCUCCGCACUACAGGCUUUGGACAGAAUCAUGCAUAGGCGGCUGUACACGCUGUCUACGCCCGUCUGAUCCACCUUGCUGCAUCAUAUAUCUUUCAACUCACUCUGCCGGUGCGCGCAGUGCGCUAUCGACAUGAGGCUCGAUGCCUUUUUCAACCUUCCAGCCGCUUUACUCGCUUUGAUCGCAGCUCCGGUUCUUGCGCAGCUUCCUUACAACCCUACAACCCUCCUCAACUCACCUGCUGAAGACCGCCUCAUCUAUGCCUUCAAACCGCUCUCUGGCUCGACCGACACAUUCGAGCUUGCAUACCUAAACGCAUCGUCCUUCUUGCAGGCUUCCACUCUGCAGUUCACAACACUCUCGGCGAGUCUACCGUUCCUCAAAAGCGCUACGCAGCCUUUCGUACCUACAAUUGGAAGAGACGGGAAUAUCACAAUAUAUACUGGUAACUGCUCGUUGGGGCCAUCCGGGGCACAGGUAUGGAGGUAUGCUCCCAAUCCAGAUCCCGCCAGGCUGGGGAGCUGGUCGCAACUUUCCAUAGCACCUCCUGCCAAUGUUACGUAUGGUGCGCCGAACUUCCUGGUAUCUGGCAUAUCCUUCGCAAGCCAAACUGAGGGAAACGACACCACAUCCAGCAUCUAUAUGCUUGGCGGCAUGUGUCCGACAAACGAUACCACCCCGGAGACAUGGCAGUCUGUCGCGAGCUAUUCGAACACAAUGAUAUCCGUCGAUCCGGAGAACGGGAGUGCCGAAACAGCUUACGGCUUGGAUACGGUGUCCAGCCACGAGCCACUGAUUGCUCAAGCCGGGUAUGCUGUCGCACCCUUGCAAGCGACUUACUCGGACGUCGAUAGCGGAGCUCCUAUUGAGCAACAAGACUUUGUCAUCAUUGGUGGCCAGACCGAUGUAGCAUGGAUCAACAUGUCGAGAAUUGCUUUGUUCUCGCUGCCACAGGAGAGUUUUGCGUACAUAGACGUCGAUGAACCAGACGGACAGCACACCGAUCUUGCCUUGCGGACCGACAUUACCGAGAUCCAACCCAGAUCGGGACAUACAGCAGUGUUGUCAGAAGACGGAAGAUCAAUAGUCGUGUAUGGUGGUUGGGUCGGUGACGUUACGAACCCUGCAGAACCCCAGCUCGCUAUAUUAAAAGUUGGAAGAGGCUAUGGGGGUGAAGGCCCAUGGCAGUGGGUGGCACCGUCUUCAUCUGGGACCGGGCUAGCAGUCAACGCAGGCUUGUAUGGCCAUGGCGCUACGCUAUUAGCAGGAAAUGUCAUGAUGAUAUCCGGCGGGUUCGGCAUAUCCGCACCAUCUAAUACAUAUCGACGACAGUCCACGCAGAUGCAGAACAGACAGACAAUUUUUUACAAUGUGACUUCGAACUCGUGGAUAGACACGUAUAUUGCACCACCCUCGACUGCAUCAGAUAAAAUCGGCGAUGGAGAUUCGGGUGGAUCAAGCACGUCCAAGAAGGUUGGUAUUGGCGCUGGAGUUGGCCUUGUAGCUCUGGCUGCUGUGGUCGUUGGCUUCAGCUAUUGGUACAUUCGUCGAAGAAAAGCCCUUGAAGAAGAGGCCAAGGAGAAAGAUGGUUAUCUCCCUGAAACGGCCCAGGACAUCCAGCCAUAUGGAGAUGGAGGUCUUGGGAAUGAACCAACCUCUGCCUAUUACUUCCCUGGACAGGAUCCCCGGCACGGCUGGAAGAACAAUCAGACGCAGGAAGCCCAGAGAACAGGCCUGUUGGUCGAAAUACCAAGUCCCACUCGAGGACUACGGCGCAAUCUCGCCAACAGGCCUGUUGCUUAUGCAGAUGGUCGACUCCCGACUUCUGCAAGUAAUAUCCACCCGAUCGACGAGCUCGAUGAGGAAGAAGAUGAUGGGGAAGCCAUGGAAAGAAGGUCUGUGCCAGUACAACCUACUGAUGAGGUAGAGAGACCUGAAACGUCCGAUCGAAUACCUUUCAUGGCCGGCAGUCUAAACCCUUUGGGAAGUCACCCAAUUCAUGAACCGCCGCAGGCUCGACCACCACAACACCGACAUACGAACUCGAUCACCUCGAAUUACACGUCAGCGACCGCGGAUUGGUGUCAAGAGAUGGACGAGAAAAAUGCAGGUAUCUGGGUCAGCAGCAAAGAUACCAGCUCGUCAAGCAGUUCCGGCGGUCGCAUAUCGCCUGACAAAUCGGAGCGAACAAUAUCUAACCUCAGCGAUAAGAGUUUGCGAUCAGAAGUCUCGGCACGCUCAAGCAAUGGGGCUUUCGCCAUGGGUCGGAAUCUCUCUCUUCGAUCGUCCACACUUCUCAAUUCAAUGACAGAUCCAUUCAUGACCCCCCAAACUAGUCCAGUUCAUGAAUAUCCACCAACGCGGCAUUCUGGCGUACCGCAGCCGUAUAUAAUCGGUGGGAACGACAGCAAGGAGACUUUUAUGACAGCCAAAUCAAACUUUGCGGCUCUGCAAGCCGAAGGCCAAGCUCUUCUUGGUGGUCGUCCCGAGCACGAUGCAGGUGCAUUUCCACCGGACGUCCACGAUUAUGAAGACGAAGAGUUCGAGACUCGCCGUCGUGAACGCAGUCGUUCCUUUCUUGGCAAUGUUCGACGUGCACUCAACCGGACUAUCACUCGCACAUCGAGUACAGGCCAACGUCCUGCAAGCUGGGUGCAUCGCAGCGCAUCGGGGUCAAAACGACCUACGACAGCAGACUAUGGCGCUGUAGAAGAUCGUUCUGACUCCGUAUCGCCUGAGAGACGUAUCUCUAGGGUUCCCGGCUCUCAACGUUCCGAUGCACCUCGUCGCGCAGCCUCGGACGCAUCCUUCUGGAAGUCCAAGCGCGGUGCGAAAGACUGGAACUACGAUCCAAAUACGUCACCAGUAGCCGAAACUAUCUUCAAGUGGCGACGCAAUAGCGGCGACGACUGGGGUGCUCCUGAAGAUGCCCGUGAGAAAGCACGACAAGAGGAGGAAGAAUGGAACGUAGAGGAUGCAGCUGAGACGCGCGAUGUGCAGAUGACUUUCACGGUACCCAAGCAGAGGCUCAGAGUUGUCAACAGAACCAGCAAGAUGAGUUUGGCUACCACAAGCGAUGGUGGUGGCAGCCGACUCGGCGAUGGCGAUGAUCGGUACACUACCGCAGACGACCGGAGCACAAUUGCCGACGAUCGAAGCGAAGUUGCAGAGGCCAUUCGACGGGAAGAGCUCGAAGAGGAGCGGCGCCUCCACCGUCUCGAGAGACAGAGGCUAGAAGAACGACUGCGAAGAGAACGGAGUCGCGUGGAGGAGCUGAGAGCCUUGUUCGAGCGAAAAGAGCUCUGAUGUCUUUUGUUUUUGGAAAUCUACGAGCUUGAGUCGGCACAGUGAUUGAUGUUUUAUGACUGGUUGGAAACCUCUUUGAGAGUAUGGAUUUUUGCAUGGAGUUUGGUGCAUUUAGGCUCAAUCUUUUGGGAGUACAUACACACGACACGCUGUAUGUACACAGGAUCCUGGUUUAUAUAGACAUCGAUGGCGAGUGAGAGCGGAUUUUUAUAUUUUUGUCGUAUAUACGUAGAUGUAGGCGGUGUUAUAUCCAAACGUUGGAAUAUAAUUGAGAUCAUACCCAA